AUGCAACUCAAACAUUUUCUCCCGAUUUUACCUUCUGAUGAUCUCGAUGAAAUCGAGCCCUCAAUUCCUCUUCGGAGUAAAUCAUGUCGCAAAUCGUCUACUGAUCAGGAACACGGGCUUCUCACCAUGGUCAGUGCUAUGUUCCAUGGCAUCUACGACUGGGGUUGGACCAGUUUCGCCGAUUGCUACGUCACUCGCAACACCCACUCUUCCUGCAACUUCCAGGAUACCGCCGGUGUUGAUCUCACCCAAAAGGUGGUGGGUACUAAUAACCCAAGAAUCUUUAGCUUUGCUGAGCUUUACAUCGCUACUAAUGGCUUCAGCGACGAUCAAAUCCUCGGCAGUGGUGGAUUUGGACGUGUUUACAGAGCUGUUUUACCAAGCGAUGGCACUAUUGUCGCCGUCAAGUGCUUAAGUGAGAAAGGCGAACAGUUCGAGAAGACAUUCGCUGCUGAAUUGAUGGCGGUCGCUCAGCUCCGUCACCGAAACCUCGUUCGCCUAAGGGGUUGGUGUGUUCACGAGGAUCAGUUGCUUCUUGUAUAUGACUACAUGCCUAAUCUCAGCCUUGACCGGAUUCUCUUCAAGAGACCGGAUUGCCCUGCCAUGCCGACUCUCAAUUGGGAACGGCGAUGGCGAAUUGCGGCCGGUCUUGCGGCUGCUCUGUUCUAUCUACAUGAGCAACUGGAGACACAAAUCAUCCACCGAGACGUCAAGACUAGUAAUGUCAUGUUAGACUCCAAUUAUAAUGCCCGUUUGGGCGAUUUCGGAUUAGCACGGUGGCUAGAGCAUGAACUUGAAGAUGUAGCACCAUCUUUUAGUAGCAAUUAUGAGUUCAGGAUGGCAGAGACAACCAGAAUUGGUGGCACAAUUGGGUACUUACCACCGGAAAGCUUCCAGAAAAAAAGUGUUGCGACUGUGAAAUCUGAUGUUUUUAGCUUUGGGAUCGUUGUUUUGGAGGUGGUGAGUGGUCGGCGAGCAAUCGACCUCGCCUGUCAAGAUGAUCAGAUUGUCCUGCUUGAUUGGGUUCGACGGCUAUCCGAUGAAGGCAAGUGUUUGCAAGCUGCAGAUACUCGUUUAUCAGAUGGGUCUUAUAAGCUUUCUGAAAUGGAGCUUCUAAUCAACCUCGGUCUCCUCUGUUCUCUGGGUGAUCCACAAGUAAGGCCUAAUAUGAAGUGGGUUGUUGAAGUUCUUGCUGGUAAUAUCGUUGGCAAAUUGCCGGCGUUGCCGUCGUUUAAAUCCUACCCUCAAUACAUCUCCUAUUCCUCUUCGGCUGCCACCACAAUCAUAACAAUUUCAACAAUGGCAACGACGACAACAACAAAUGCUUCUCAAUGGUCUAGUUCAACAUCUGGUUAUGCAACUGCUGGUGGUGACACAAUAUUCAUGACAGCCAUGGAUGGGGAGAGUGAGCAGAGUGGGGAGAGCGGAGUGAGUGGAGUGAGUAACAGCAAUGGCCCUCGUCGGAGCAAUAUACCUUCGGUUGAUACACCACGAGAGAUACCUUUCAAGGAAAUCAUUGCUGCUACGAAAGAUUUCUCGGACACUCGAAGAGUUGCAGAGCUGGACUUUGGUACUGCCUACCAUGGCUACCUAGAGAACCGUCAACAUGUAUUGGUGAAGCGGCUUGGGAUGAAGAAAUGCCCUGCACUAAGGGUACGCUUCUCCAAUGAGUUACAGAACCUUGGGAAUCUCCGACACCGCAAUUUGGUGCAGCUCCGAGGCUGGUGCACUGAGCAAGGAGAGAUGCUCGUCGUCUAUGACUACUCUGCUCGUAAUCAGCUCAAUAAUUUCCUCUUCCAUGACAAGAGCUUUCCCUCUGUCCUAACAUGGAGAAUCCGUUACAACAUUAUCAAAUCCAUCGCUUCUGCAAUCUUUUAUCUCCAUGAGGGGUGGGAUGAGCAGGUCAUCCAUAGGAAUAUUACUUCUUCUGCCAUCAUUCUUGAUGGUGACAUGAACCCACGUCUUGGCUGCUUCGCCCUUGCUGAAUUCCUGGCCCGGAAUGACCAUGGCCAUCAUGCGGCAGCUGCAGCUAAUCCAGAAAGAUCGGUUCGUGGGAUAUUCGGAUACAUAGCCCCUGAGUACAUUGAAUCCGGUGAGGUGACCACAUUGGCUGAUAUUUAUAGCUUUGGGGUGCUUAUGCUCGAGGUGGUGACUGGCCGGAUGGCGGUUGAUUUCCGGUGGCCUGAGGUGCUGUUGUUGAAGAAGGUUCGUGAUUUUGAGAUACAGAGGAGACCAUUGGUGGAGCUGGUGGACUGGAGAUUGAAUGAUGAGUAUGAUAACAGGGAGCUGAUUAGGCUUGUGAAAUUGGGAAUUGCAUGUACCAGAUCAGAUCCGAGUUUGCGGCCGAGUAUGAGGCAAAUUAUCAGCAUACUAGAUGGUAAUGAUGGGUGCUUCAAGGAAGAAGCACGAAGGAAGGAGAUGAGGGAAGAGUGGCUGCGCAGGAAUGAUUAUUCUUUGACUUCUAUCAGGAGAAUCCAAGCUAUUGGUAUUCAAUGAAGGUAUACAUUGUUGAACUGAUAGAUCUGAUGAGGGAUCAUAAGUUCUAUUUUAUGAUAGUCUCGAUGAUGUAUAACGUAGGUUUCUCUGUGUUGUGAUAGGACCAUGGUCCAGAAAAUUAAAAGAAAUGUUCAUGUUUUCCCCUUCCUUUUUUGGUUGUUUGUGUACUGUUUCAAGUAGUUUAUGUAAAUAGAAAUGAGGAGAUGAUGAUUCGUUACGGAGUUUAUGCAUUGGUUCAUCACCAAAUCCAGCACAUCUGCUUGUUUGUGAAUUAUACUGCUUGUUUAACCUACCAAUUAAUUCACAUUUCAUUCUUC